GCCUAGCACAUCAUUAGCCGAGAAUGAGUUGACAGACACAGUUGUAUGUCGUGGACAAAUAAUUAUUACAUCGUGGCUGCGUUUCUUUUUUUUUUUGUUAAGUACACUGAUUUUUGAUGAUGUUGAAAUUCAAACUCAAUUACCAUCUAAAGCUUGCAUUUUGCGCCUGUUUAAUGUCAUGCCACCCGUUCAUUGUCGGAUGUUCUUUCGUAUUCUCUUCUAUUCUUUUGUCCAAACUAAAAGAACCUACGUCUACGAUAAGAAUAAAUAUUGAAGAUUCCUCAUGGAUAGCGAGUAUACCAAUACUGGUAUGCCCUGUCGGUUUACUUAUAGUUGGAAUACUAACAGAUAAACUUGGCCGAAGAAAAGCUCUUCAAUUUGGUUAUACACCACUAAUUAUAAGUUGGCUGAUACUCGCAUAUGCCAAUUCUCUAAAAGCCAUUAUUAUCGGAAGAAUUAUUCUGGGAAUUGGACUUGGGUCCGGGACUUGCGUGUUCUUGUACUUGGCCGAGGUGUGCCCCUCCCAGCACCGGCCGCUGUACUUCUCGGUGGUCACCAUGUUCGUGGGCAUGGGCAUGAUGACCGAGUGCGUGCUGUCCAUGUUCUUCGACUGGCAGACCGUGUCGCUGAUACUGUUCGCGGUCAGCACCGUGAACUGCGCGUCCCUGUUCCUGGUGCCGGAGACGCCCAUGUGGCUCCGGAACCGCGGCCGCACCGGCGAAGCGGAAGAGGCCGAGGCGUGGCUGGGCAUCGAACCGGCCGCGGCCACCGUCCCGGCGCCGGACACCGCGCUGGCGGUCAACGGCGACGAUCGCCUGUGCGGCGCGGAAGAGGGCAGACCGGACAAGGCCGCGUACUGGACGCUGUUCGCCGGCCCCGCCGUCUGGAAACCGGCCCUGAUCACCACGCUGUUCUUCGUCUGCCAGCAGGGCAGCGGGUUCUACGUGCUGCUGUUCUACUCGGUGGACGUGCUGCGCGACUGCCGCGUCCAGUGGGACGGCGUCACCCUCACCGCGUUCCUGUCCCUGGCCCGCGUCAACGGCAGCGUCGUGUACUCCAUGUGCAGCAACGUCCGCCGGAAGACGCUGGUAGUAGUGUCCGGCGGCGGCAUGGGCCUGUCGCUGGCCACCAUCAUCGUUUACAUGCGCAUUUACAAGGACGAGGCCACGCCGCCCUACGGCUUCGUACUGAUCGUCGCGUUCAUCGCGUACGUGUUCUUCGCCCUGCUGGCCAUGCUCCCGUUGCCCUGGGCCAUUUGCGGAGAGGUGUUUCCGAUGGCCGUCAAAGGAGUAAUGGGCGGAAUCGUACAAGUGAUUGGAUACGAAUUAAUGUUUUUAGUCAUCAAAGUGUAUCCUGGGUGUGUGUCGACAUUCGGAGUGGAAUUUGUUUGGUCAGUUUUCACAAUAUUCUGUUUUGCAAGUGCAUUGUUCGGUGCGUUCAUAAUGCCAGAAACAAAAGGAAAAUCUCUCAACGAAAUAUUAUCGUCGUUCGAAUCCCGCGAAAAAUCGAUAAAAAAUAACUCGCCUUAAUAAUAUCGUAUACUGUAAUCAUAAUUAUUGUUUUUAUUUUUAUGAAACAUAAUACAGUAUUGCAAUUUCGUUUAUUGGAAUUUUAAGUAUAAUAUUCUUCAAUGUGCAUUGCGGUGCUAUAGUUUAUAUUGUAAUUUAUUUGAUGAUAGGUACCUCGUAGGUAUAGAUAAGAAUUAAAUGUGAUAUACUAAAAAAUCUGUUUGUGCGUAAUUUAUUUUACAUAUAAUAAUUAUUUACAGACCAGAAGGCCAGUCUAAAACUGCUGUCCGCUAAGUGCGAAUCGAAAACAUAAAAUGAGCAGGGGCAUAAACUCACAACUCGCCUUUGGCAGGGAUUGGAAUCAAAAAGUUCUAUACAAAAAAAAAUGAAUAAAAAAAUUUUAAGAAUUAUUUUUGCUUA